CGCCGUGGGAGUGCGUUUAAAAUUAAUUGAACUUUGAAACGUCAAAGUAAUUUACGUCUGUCAAGAAAUUGUUGUUGCGCGAGUACAAGAUAAAUAAGAGUAUGAUCGAGAACGUUUUGUGAUAACUGAUAACGUAAAGUGCAAGUUCGUUUCGUUUCGGCUCAGUGCGAUUUUUGUUGCGGAAGUCGUCGCAUCGUGAUCGUUCACUCGUAAAAAUGAGUGCCCCAAUAAAACCAUGGGAAUCGACUACUUUAAACAAUAGUGCGAACAUAAUGCGUUCCAGCAACCCCAACCCUGCUAUACCACAAAUGGGGACCUCAACAACUCGACCUGCUUUACCUCCACGUCCCAUGCAAAAUUCGUAUGGCGUUGGAGGUUAUGGAAGUAGUUAUAGUAGCCCAUAUUCUUCAUACGGAGGAAUGGGCGGAUAUAGUAGUAUGCCAUAUCGUAGUUCCUUAUAUGGAGGUUACGGAGGAGGUUAUGGUGGUUACGGCGGUUAUAGCAGUUAUGGUGGACUAGGAGGUUAUGGUUCUUCUUACGGUGGAUUAGGAGGAUACGGUUCUUACGGUGGUUACGGUGCAGGUCCAUAUGGUAGAGAUAACGCAGAAGAACGUUUUGUACAAUAUGUCGAAGAACGAUCACGAAACACCUUUUCGAACAUUGAGAAUCUCGUUCGUGCAUUUAGUAGCAUCUCCAUGAUGCUAGACAACACGUUUUUCGCUAUGACGAGUUCGUUUCGUGCCGUGUUAAGUGUCGCAGAAAAUUUUGGACGUUUACGAAGCGUUUUCGCGCAAAUUUGGUACUCUGUUAGUAUAUUCCGGUUUUUGAAAUGGUUACACAACAAAUUAAGAGCUAUGAUGGGGCUUCCGGUGGCAGCAAACGCAAAAUCAGCCGCGUGGAGUGAAGCGGCGAAUGGUACGGUGGCGGAAUUAACGGAAGGUGGUCAGAAAGGGUCUAAUUGGUCAACGGUGGCGUUUUUGGGGGCAAUUCUUGCUGCUCCCUAUUUAAUUAGUAAAUUGUUACCUAAAUAUGAAGAUAAAUGUGAUCCAGAAAAAUGGAAAUCAGCAGGAAUCCGAGCAAAGGCAGCUUUUGAUUUUGUAGCAACAUCACAAAACGAACUUACCAUAAACACAAAUGACGAAGUGCUCUUGGCUCCAAAACACAUCCAAGAAGAAAUGAGACUGUACAACACCGGAUGGGCAUUUGCGACAUGCAAUGGAAGAUCGGGAGUUGUCCCACUUAAUUAUUUGGUUACAAUGAAAAAUGUUAAUAACAAUAAACCAAUACCUGCGGUUAGCUUUCCAGCACAAAACAUAGAAACGACGCAGAUUCCAGAAAGUAGUAAUAAACCGAAAAGCGUUAGUUUUGGUGGAACGCAAUUUAUUGAACCGGAAACGUCCUCAAAUUCGGCGUUGAUUGAAAGUUUAGAUCCGGCUGCGUUUAAAGCAAAACAAGAAGAAGAAAGUAAAAAGAUUUUGGUAGAGGAAAAAACUAAUUUAGGCGAAUUAGUCAAGGAUGGUAUUAAUGAAACGGUUGAAUUGGAUGAUAAAUCUAAAGAUACUUAGUUAUAGAAAACAAAAAUGAUGGGUUAUGGAUCUAAUUAGUGCCUCAAUUUUUGUUUUAACCAUUUAAACGGAAUGAUGUUUUUGUAUAUUGUUCAAAUAAAAAUUCAGGAAUUUGUAAAGGUUGUAAGAAUAAUUAUAAGACGGAUAAAUUAAUUAUAAAAAUCACGCAACGUCAAACCAAGUAAAUUGUAUUCGUAGAUAUUCCUUGAGCGCUAAGACGAUAUUAUCAAUUUUUUGUAUUUGUGAUUAAUUUUUUUUUCUCAAUGUUUGUUGUAUUUAUAAUCUUAGAGUAAGCGUAAUUUUCUUACUAUUAUGUACAUAUUUUUAUAUUGUUAAAACAUAAAGACUUUAAUGUGGUAAAAUGAGUUUUAAAUAAAUAAAACUUCAAAAGAAAAGCA